UAGUUCUAGUUCGCUGUUAGCUCAAUUGUUGAGUUUGUAUCUGCAUUACACAUUACUGCAUUAGUUGUAACGUUACUGUGUUUGAAUUCCAAAAAAAAAAAAAAAGUGUCUGGUACAAUGUUAAAUAUCAGAGGUGUCAUUCGGAAAGCUUACGGGCUUUCUGAAAAGAUUUGCAAUAUGAAAAGUACAAAACAGUUAACUUCCUUCAUUUCUACUGGACCUCAGCAGCAGCAUGGCACUUUUUAUGAAAUCCGUACCUAUUGUAUCAAACCUGAAAAGAUGAACGCCUUCAGUAAGCUGACCAAUGAGAACAUUCAUCUCCGCACAGCUCACUCUGAACUGAUUGGAUACUGGACUGUGGAAUAUGGUGGCAUUAAUCAACUUGUCCAUAUUUGGAAGUAUGAUAGUUUUGCCCAGAGAACGGCUGUACGGACAGCAUUGGCCCAUGAUAAAGACUGGCAGGAGAAGUAUAUCGCACACAUGAUGCCUAUGCUUCAGACGCAGGACAACGAAGUAACGUAUCUUGUGCCAUGGUGUAAGAUUGGAAAACCUGUAAAAGAUGGCGUUUAUGAGCUUGUGACCUUCCAGAUGAAGCCAGGAGGUCCAGCGGUGUGGGGUCCUGCUUUUCAAAUGGCGGUCAACACUCACGCUAACGCUGGAUAUGCCAAUCUCAUCGGGGUCUUUCACAAUGAAUUUGGACAGUUAAACCAAGUUCAUGUUCUGUGGUGGUACGAGAAUCCAGACCAACGAGCAGCUGGAAGACACAAAGCACACGAGGAUGCCAGGGUAGUGGCAGCAGUUCGAGCAAGUGUUUCAUAUUUGGUUUCGCAAAAGAACAAGCUCCUCCUUCCAACACCGUUUUCACCACUGAAAUGAUUUUCUGAAGACCACCAGGCCCUUAACGAGAUUAACAACUCGAGUUACGUGUGUGCUUUGUGACCGUAAUCAAAUGCUCUUCCCACUUUAAAAAGACACAUUCGAAUGGCAAUGUCAAGGAUGCAUUUCAUAAAAAUGUUACGACCCAUAUUAAAGUAAAUUAACAGGAAUGUUCAUAAAAUGCUCAACGUUAUUUUAAUUGAUAGGCGAUAAACAAUCAUAAAAACAUGUAACAUCAUAAUGUAAAACCAUCCACAUUUCUUUUGUUGUUACUGUAGUUGAGGAAUGUAUUUUUAUCGGAGUGAUUUACUGUGCAAAAUGGCUGCGAUUUGUGUACUCCCUCUAUGUUAAAACUUGACUGCAACAAUUUUCUGUGCAAUUAUUGAAAUGAUGUACUUCAUAAUGCAUUAUUGAUUGAAUAGUAUUUAUUUGGAGAAAUCUGUGAAAUAAUGCUUCUGUAAUUCCUACUAUAUAUAUAUAUAUAUAUAUAUAUAUAUAUAUAUAUAUAUAUAUAUAUGAAUACAAUGUAAAGAACGAAAAGUCUGCCCCUGCCAAUGAUCACCUCUUUAUGAAAGACUUGCUGUCUCGCUGACUCAUUAUUUCAUGUUCAUUGGUAAUAUUACCUUUCUUUAUCUCUGACUAUAACAUUCCAGCCUUUUAAUCUUGUGUCUAUGUGAAGAUCAAGGACAUGACACCAGCUGCCACAUCCACCAUGUUUACUAAACCAGUAGAGAGAGAUGACUGAAUAAUGCUGAUUUCUAGCAGUACUGAAACAGUUAUUGCUGCUGUUUGCUUUGUUCAAACAAGACCCCCUUGAAUGAUCCCAGCAAGUUCCAAAGAUAAGAGAAAUGACUCAAGUACAAGUGCAACUUGUACAAAAUGUUGUUCUAAUCAUGUCACAAAAGUUACUAGAACGUGUAGCUUGUGAAGUGAAUAAUGGGCUUAAAAUGUGAAAUUCAACAACACAUUUUUUAUGAUUAGAUAAGCACAAUACUACGAGCAGUAACUAUAUAGUGUCAAGAAUAAAAAGUCCAGUAAUUAAGUAGCAAUGCUCUGUGGUCAUUCUAAGUCAAUGAGUUGGUAAUGUCUGACAUGUAUUCAGUUUAAAUAAAACUAUUACAAUCUUUCAAGGUCUGUAACACUAAAGCAUUUAUCGUUUAUCUCAAAGCGCUAUACAACACAAGUGGUCUUGAGUGGGUAUUUAUUAUCCGAUUCAUCCCAUUCAAACCACUGGCUACUGAAUAUCUGAUACGUCCGUGAAUAGAUUAUCGUUCUUCAGAUAUAUGCAAUCUUAAUCAUUUUAAGUGCAAUGGUACCCCUAAAUGUAUCCAUUUUGUAGGAAUGAUGCAUGACUGGGGGCUGGGGUAUUUACAGUACUGCCCGUUUACCCCCAUCAGAUCCCUUGUUCUCUAAAUUUUUUGGCAUCCCUAAAUAAAGAAUAUUACCUGCUUCAAAAAAGGAAAUACAUUUUAAGAUGUUCCAGAAGUGCUGUGGUCCCUAAAAGUUACUCUUUUUGCUACCGAUGCAAUCAUAAGCAUUUUUGGGAGGGGGGUAUAAUUGGAAUAAAAAAAGGUAGGCUCUUGUACUGUACAGUGUUUCAAAUCAGUGUGAAGCAUUUCAUUAGCAAUUCAGUUUAAUUUCUUUCCUUUGGCAGUCUCAAAAUAUGUUUUUUUUUCUUACUUGACACUGAAGUUGUUCGUUUUAAGAUAUGGGUUUCUCAGCUUUGCUUAUGCAGUAUUAAUAACUUCAAAUUGUAUAUUUUAUUAAAUAUAAUUACAAGUCUC